CCCGCGCCGGGCGGAGCGGCCAGCCGCAGCCGCGGGAGGUGGGCGGUGCGCGGGCUGCGGGGUCGCGGCAUGGCUCGGGGGAAGCUGCUCCGCUGCCGCCCGGCCCCCUGAGCAGGCGAGGCGGGACAGGACGGGACGAGACGGGACGCGGCUCCGGUUGUCGUCCGGACUCCUGGGCGCCCCCGGGGGGUGGCCAUGUCCGGAACCAUGAAGUUCAACGGGUACCUGAAGGUGCGGAUCGGCGAGGCUGUGGGGCUGCAGCCAACCCGCUGGUCCCUCCGCCACUCGUUGUUCCGUAAGGGCUACCAGCUGCUGGACCCCUACGUGACGGUCAGCGUGGAUCAGGUGCGCGUCGGGCAGACCAGCACCAAGCAGAAGACCAACAAGCCCACGUACAACGAGGAGUUCUCCGCCACGGUGACCGACGGCCAUCAGAUCGAGCUGUCCGUCUUCCACGACACCCCCAUCGGCUACGAUGACUUCGUGGCCAACUGCACCUUGCACUUCCAGGACCUCCUGCGCUCGGCGGGCCACAGCGACAGCUUCGAGGGCUGGGUGGAUUUGGAACCAGAAGGUAAAGUGUUUGUCGUCAUUACUCUUACCGGCAGCUUCACAGAAGGGACCCUCCAGAGGGAUCGCAUUUUUAAGAACCUCACUCGGAAGCGCCAGCGGGCCAUGCGAAGGCGAGUGCAUCAGGUGAACGGGCACAAAUUCAUGGCUACGUACCUGCGACAGCCAACCUACUGCUCACACUGCAAGGAGUUCAUCUGGGGCGUGUUUGGGAAACAGGGAUACCAGUGCCAAGUGUGCACCUGUGUUGUACACAAGCGCUGCCAUCAUCUCAUUGUUACAGCUUGCACGUGCCAGAACAAUACCAACAAGAAUGAUCUCAAGGUGACUGAACAGAGGUUUGGCAUCAACAUUCCCCAUAAGUUCAGUGUCCACAACUACAAAGUCCCAACGUUCUGUGACCACUGCGGUUCCUUGCUUUGGGGAAUUAUGCGACAAGGCCUACAGUGUAAAAUCUGUAAAAUGAAUGUCCACAUCCGAUGUCAAGCAAAUGUGGCACCAAACUGUGGGGUGAACUCAGCAGAGCUUGCUAAAACCUUGGCGUGCAUGGGCCUGCAACCAGGAAGCAUUUCUCCAAAUUCGAAACUGACUUCAAGAUCAUCUUUGAGACAUCAGGGAAAAGGCAGCUUGAAAGAUAACAACGGGGUUAGUGAAAGUUCAGCGAGCAAACUUGGGAUCAAAGACUUGACCUUCCUUCGUGUGUUGGGAAAAGGCAGUUUUGGAAAGGUGAUGCUUGCCAAGAUGAAAGAGAGUGGGCAGCUCUACGCAGUGAAGGUGCUUAAGAAGGACGUCAUUCUCCAGGAUGACGAUGUUGAGUGCACCAUGACUGAGAAACGCAUCCUCUCCUUAGCAAGGAAUCACCCAUUCCUCACCAAGCUCUACUGUUGCUUCCAAACUCCUGAUCGCCUGUUCUUUGUGAUGGAGUUCGUAAAUGGCGGGGACUUGAUGUUCCAUAUUCAGAAGUCGCGUCGCUUCGAUGAAGAUCGGGCCCGGUUCUAUGCUGCAGAAAUUAUUUCAGCCCUUAUGUUUCUCCAUGAAAGAGGCAUCAUUUAUCGGGACUUGAAGCUGGACAAUGUGCUGCUGGACCAUGAGGGACACUGCAAGCUGGCAGAUUUCGGAAUGUGCAAGGAGGGCAUUCACGAUGGCAUUACCACGGCUACCUUCUGCGGUACACCAGACUAUAUUGCUCCAGAGAUUCUACAAGAGAUGCUGUACGGCCCUGAUGUUGACUGGUGGGCCAUGGGCGUGCUGCUGUACGAGAUGCUGUGUGGCCACGCGCCCUUCGAGGCAGAGAAUGAGGACGACCUCUUUGAGGCCAUUCUGAACGAUGAAGUUGUCUACCCAUCAUGGCUCCAGCAGGACGCAGUGGCAAUCCUCAAAGCGUUCAUGACGAAGAACCCCAGCAUGAGGCUGGGCAGCACAGCAUUGGGUGGUGAGAGUGCGAUCCUGCGGCACCCCUACUUCAAAGAACUGGACUGGGAGCUGCUGAACCAGCGCCAGAUGGAGCCACCAUUCAGACCCCGAAUUAAAUCCAAAGAUGACGUGAGCAACUUUGAUCCCGAUUUUAUAAAAGAGGAGCCCAUUCUGACUCCCAUUGAAGAAGGAAUUCUUCCGAUGAUAAACCAGGAUGAAUUUAGAAACUUUUCAUUCACAAGCCCAGAACUGCAGCAAUAGCUACGACUCUGAGAAAGGGCUGCUUAGAGAACUGGGGGGGAUGAAAUGAAAAUCAGGUUUACCAGAAAUUUCAUUCUCGAAGAGUAACAGUGCUCUGACUUUACAUGAUACAGAAGCACCACCGUCAACAUUACCUUAAUGUGAAAUCGAAACCUUCCUGUGUUUGUAGGAUUUAUUCAGCUUUUGGAUCAAAUAUUGACAGGGUGGAACAAAUGUGAUAUUGUAAAUAGCUGCUGCAGACGGAGAAUUGGAUGCUGAGCUACUUGGCUCAGCCUGAAUGUCAUCGCUUGCAGCGAAUUCGAGGAGUUGACAUGAGCACGAAACAAGUGUCUUGCAGCUCUGAGCCAAACAGACUUAUAGUAAUUCUGAUUGUUUGCAAGGCUGUUUUGUGGAGUCCCAGCACUGUCCAGCAUUUGAGAUCCAUGAUCCAGCGUCCCAUGGCCUGAUUGAACCAGAUAUUCCUGCUGACUUUACCCAUUUCUGAAGUAUUUAUUUCUUUCCGAAGGACGAAUGACUCUCUUUGCCGCUGUUUGGGUUUGCAAGUGAAAUAUUUCAUUGUGCUAACUGGCAGAAGGAAAAAAACAAGUGCCCUGUGCCCACACAGAUUCUUCCAAAUCAAAGGGAAGUCACGUGCUCGUUGUGUUUUACUGUUUGUGCGAUAUGAAAAGUUUCAGUGUUGCAUUCUGUGAAAUGCCUUUUUACAUCAUGCAUCUUCAAUGCUCCAUUCUUUGCCUCCCAGCUGUUUUCAACUAUAAUGUAACCAGUAAAACCUUACUGUUUAUUUAGGCCCAUUCUAUUUAAUUAUGCUAUACAGAGCCCCUUUUGUGGGUUUAGUGCCUCAUUAAAAUUUUGAUCUGAAGUGGUAUUGCUAAUUUGUAGCAUUAUUGUGAUGGGAGCUGCAAAGCUGGGAAAUCCCUCGAAGUUGCUGACCAGUAAGUAACGUAAAAGGAUGACUUUCUCCAGAGAGAAUGAUAAGCCUUAUCUGAGAAAAGGGUGACUUGGUUUGGCUUAGAUUUAAGGGCUUAUGACUCACAGGGGCACUUCUUUUCAAUUGCAGCCUCAAGCCUCUGCCAGGCAGAUGGAGGCAGGUUUUUAGUGCUGUUUGUGAAAACCAGACAGAAGUCAGACUGUGAGAUAUUUCUGUGAUUUCCCUGCUCCUCUGAGAAUUGAAUGAUUUUCCUGUAGCUCCGUGGUACAUCUUUGCAUUCUGUGCUAGGCUUGAAGCUGUUAUGUCAGUGUUAUAACCUCUUUUUGGGCUGAUGAAUUACAGGAGAAGAAGGAUUUCAAACUUAUUGUUGAAAGGGCGUUUACUUUACUUUUCCUUACUUUUUUUACUUUUUUUUUUUACUUCUACCCUUAAACCAUCCACUGAACUGUUUGGCAGGUGCAGCAUAGGUUUUGUUACCUUUGGACUUUUUUUGCCUUUGUGUUUGUGUAUUGUACCACACCUCCCUCCUUAUUUCCUGCAUUUUCUCUAUAAUCUAAGCAUGGCUUCAUCCUCUGGUCUCCUCCCUUCUGUGGACGUAUUCUGGCUGUAUUGCAUCCAGCCAGGCUCUCAGCCUUUGCUGAUCUGUAGGUCGCUGGCUUCAUCAAAGCGGGGCAAGGGAGAAGGAAGGACAGAUGUGUGUGAAAGAAAGAAGAGCAGAUAUCCAGAAAACUAAUCCAAGAGCCAGCUGUGCAAGCUAGCUUGAGUUGCUUUCUUAUAUAGGAAGAAGUGGUACAGGAAUGAAUGCAUUUGAGUGAAGGGGUCACUGUGGCAUCUCACUGAUGUGUGUUAAGCAUAGUGUUUGGUGCAGAUGUGACCCUAAGUAGCUCCAGCAUUACUAACUGCAGCAUUGCUGGCUUCCCAGGCGUAAUUGCAGCAAAUGUGACCAUUGAGACUGGGAGCACCAAAACUUUUGAUGCAACCUUUUAUGAAUUUUGUGACAGUUUUUUGGUUCACUCUCUGUUGAGGAUUAUGAAUGAGCCAUCUUUCCCUGGAGAUCAGUGUAGGAGAACAGUAAGUGACAGGUGGUUUUGCCAACAUGUUGGUGACAUCCCAGGUUUUCAUUGGUUGUGCUUUCCCUGGGGCUCGGGAAACCUCCUGGAAUGAUUCCUCUUGGAGGAGCUGGUGUUGUCUUCAGCAUCGAAACAUUUGAUCCUGUCUCCACAACCACAGAGUCCAAGCAGCUCUGCUUAUACUACAGAUGGCACAAAGCAUGUGGAAGAUACACCUUUGAAGAAUUGUGUUGGGAUAACAGAUCCCUCCAGAUUCCCCAACCAAUCCAUCCUGAAAGCUUGGGGAAUGGAAACUAGGACGCUUCUGUAGGUGUGCCGUUGUGAUUUGUGUGAAGUGUAAAUUCAUACAAGCUUGAAGCUUGUAGGUCACUGGAAGAUGUAAAAUGGCAUCUGAGGCCAUCCUACAGAGCAGGAAGAGCUCCUGCCCUGGCUAGCCAAUGCCUGUUCUGACCUAAAGGUUUUUGACUUGAUGGGGCAGGGAUGAAAUACCAAAGGGAAGUUCUUACCCAGCUUCACUUCUCAUUGAUUUCCAGUGCCGUCAGGGUCACUCCACCCUACCCGUAACCUCAUUGGACUACAUGCUGGGACUAGAAGUCUCAUGUUCUGCUAUAAUGCCUUUGAUUUUCACAAUUUCACCUGGAUCUUGCUUCACUAUUCGGGGUAGCUUUUCCCUUCCAUUGCCUGCCUGUUUAUGUAAUGACUUCAGCGGCUCGAGUCAGCAGAUCUUGAGUCAGCCACAUUUGGCCGAGGUCCGUGAACUCUGCUGUACUUUUAUGAGUAGCUGCCAUUUCAACUGUGCUCCCUCCAAACUCUGUCAGCAGCACAGAUGAAGAUCAGCUCAUUUACAAGUAUCUGCAAUAAAGCUGCUUUCGAAAAAGGUGAA